AACAAUACAUUAGCAUACGAAUAAAGACCCGACAUUGAACGAUAUUACGGGUAGCUCACACCUGCUAAAGAAAGGAGACGAUUUUCCACCAAAAAUGCGCCUCGAAAUGGGAGUAAGAUGAGGCAGAUGAUGAGAGGAUGUCAUCCAGUGAGGAUAAGAACCCUAAGAAGGGCAAACGCUCCUUCAUGCCCAAACUCCCAUCCUUCCGUCGCAAGAAGAACAACCCCUCCCCGGACCGCACCACCUCAUCCAAGUCGUCUACCAAGUCCAAGAAGCAGAGGAAUGAAAAUUCAUCCAACACCAAGACAUCCAUCCCCAAGGAAACCCAGACACCCAAGGCAGCCCCACCCAUAUACCAGGACAAGUCCACAUCACAGGUGGUAGAUUCCUAUAACAGAUGCUUGACAGAGGUGAAAGAGGAGGAGCAGAAUGGGAACAACCAAUCAAAAGUCAGGACAGCUCUGUCAAACAGCAACACGACCUCCACCUGCUUUAUCAACCCAGAAUACGAGGGGGAUGUCUGGCACCUCCAGAACCAGAAUACUAAGAAAGAUGCAGGUAACCAUGGCAAUGAAGAUCGGGAGAUCAAUGCUAACAUCAAUCAGAAGAGGCCAGAAUCCCCAACCCAUAUCAUCCCCUUAAGUCCUGUAAAAACAAACAGCUAUCAGCAUAUUGCCCGUUGUUCCUCUGUCACCAGUACCUUAAGCUCAGGGUCAUCCCUUAGUCUGUCUAGUCCUGGAAGUCUGUCCAAACUCAUCGGAGGACCCAAGCCCUACAAGAGCGUGUUCACUGAUGAGCCACGAGGGGUCAAACGACAAGGAAGCACACCCUCCGAUCUUGACAUCACCUCAAGCUGUGUGAGCGUGAGCGGGUCGGCUAGCUCCAUCUCUCCUACUAUAGACGACGUAGCUACCAAAGUAACAGUCAAAUCUUGUAGUGUCCCCGGUCUACAUCGGUACCCCCUUGUAGCUCCUGUAGAAUCUCUUAGCCCAGGUGUAAGCCCUAAGCACGCCCAUUCCAAGAGGGAGGGAGCAUAUACUUAUGAUAGCUCAGGCUGGGAGUCUGAAGAUAGCUCGAAGGAGAAAACCCUGACAAGAGGAAGCUAUGACCUCAACAGUGAUGCAGAGAAGGCAGCACAAGAUGCGCUGCUGACUCCUCAGAGCCUUGUUAAUUUGAACUUUGACCUGCAGGCUGCAGCAGCUGCGUCACCUCAGAUCAAUGCCAACCUUCGACGUGAGAGGCAGAAAGCGCUGGCAGGCAAAGCAAAAAGUGCGGUCGGGGAGCCGAGUCAGAAACCGGUGACUGAGCGACAGGAAAGCCCUCGUAGUGCAGGAGCAAGGAGAGAGGAAGUGCUAAUUUCCCAGCGCUCAACUGCCUCAGCCAGCAGCGGCCCCACAAAUAACAACCCAGAAUCUGACUCAAGGCAUGAGGCAUUGGUUCAACCAGCAGGGACCCGUGUUGGCAGUGACAGCUGCUCAACUCGCGCCCAACGACAAAAAUCUGCCAUCCGCACUCCGCGUACAGCAGCAACACUGAUCACUCCACAACACUCCAGUACGCCGUGCUCUCGAACCAACAAUGCUGGCCAGACAGCUGGGCAGGAUCAAGAGAAGUGCGACGAAGUAGUCCUGACUCGUGUCCGAUCAGUCACGAGUCCUGUCCCUCUUAAAACAUCGCGAGCUUUGUAUGCCCUCUCCCACAUUCAACUCUCAGCCAUGCGGAACAAGCUGCGGUCAGAGUCAUUCGACUCGAGUGACCUGGACUCUUUAGCUUCAGAUGAUCUCAUGUGUGAGGCAGACAAUACCUUUCUGGACCCUUCGGACGAGUCUCUUUUGACACAAGGGAACAGUAUGCCUGGUGAGCAAGGAUUCUCACCGUACCCUAACACUGGCAAAGGGAAACGACUCAGGAAUAAUAGCAUUGAAUUCCUUGUGGCCAGCUUUGAUAAAAGACAUCGCCACCAUUCCACAGGCCAGAGCUAUGGGCCUUACACCACCAACUCCCCAAGGGGUAACCUGAGGUCCAGUCCGGCUGUGGGAAGGGACACCAUCUUGGUGGAAGCCAGCACCUACAGACAGAUGGUGCAGGACCUGAACAGUAUGAAGACAGCCUUGGGGAAACUCAGCAAGAUGCUACAAGAUCCCAAGGCCCUUCAAGAGAUGCUUGCAGUCUGCAAGCCUGAGAGUGAGAGAGAACAUGACUUAGAGACUGCGGAUAAUAUGACCCAAUGCGAACAGGUCCCCGUGCAGGAAGGACAUAGUCAAACUGAUCAUGUACAGUGUGCACCAAAGGUACCUGUACCAACCCGUGAAGCAUCAUCACAGAGUGAGAGUAUACACAGAGAGAACAGGGCGGUUCAGAGUGAUGGUUCAUUCACUGGAUGCAAGCAAUGUGAAGAGUGCUUCACCAGUACGGGAAAGCAAGGAGAUGCUCAUGUCAUCCAACAGAGGUCAGAGGUCACAGCCAGCAGCUUCCUGUCUAGGGAAGGAUGCCUCUCCAUCUCCUCCUCAUCCUCUGGCGGAGAAGAAGGAGUCCUUCGGGAGCCUUGGAAGGGGUCCUCUGGCCUGGAUCAGGUCACUCUCUCUCCUCUAGGCAACAGUCUCAGCUCUGGCGAUACCAGCGAUGACAACCCCACCCGCUUAGAGAGACAGAAAGUUGCCAAGCCCCAUCGGAAACAUGUCCGCAUCUCUGAUCCAGGUAGUGAUGAGUCAGGGUCGGGUCGACUGAAGCUGCCAAGUCAGCGUGGAAGCUCCCUACCUAGGAUGAGCAGAGAGAAAGGGUCGAGUUCAGAUGAGAUUGGUGAGGUGUGCAGUGGUAGAUUGAAGCAUCCCCAAAGCAGGUUGGGUAUUAGAGGAAAGCUGGUAUCUCCGAGAGUAGUCAAUAACAGGUUGUCCAGUUCAGAUGAAGGGACAGGUUCUGGUGGUAGGUUGGUGUGUAGGCAACGGAAUGAGAGUGAUAGCUCCCAUGAAGGCAGUGAAGGUUCAGGGUCAUUGGGGGAGAAGUCUAAGCUACCACAGAUGAGGAGACCAGCCUCCAGGAUGCAACGACCAAGACAGAUACAACGACCAAAGGCUGGCCAGCAACAGGGAAGAAAAGCUGAUGGGAAGGUAUCCAUCGAUGGCAGAGGUAACCCAUUGAGCAGGCUGCAGAAACCAAUGUCAGUCCAUAAGGGAGAUGCUAGAGGAGAGCAGGGGAAGGCUGUUCCACCACAAGAGCAGCAAGGAAGUUUAGAGUGGCAGCAGCUGCAGCUGCAACAGCAACAAGACAAACUUCACAGACAACACCAGGCUGCUCAUAAACAGCAACAGGAGAAUCAACAGAGACUGCACAACCAACAGCAACAACUGCAGAAAGAUCAGCAGGAGAAGGUGACAGCCAAUCUGCAGAAGCAUCAAGAGAUAUUGGUUGAGCAGCAACAACAGCAACUCAAGAGGCAAUCGCAGCUGCAGCAGAAUCAUAUGUGGCAGCAGCAGCAACAGAAGAGCCAAGAGCUGGCCAUGCCCAAGUUUGCCCGUCCCCAAGGAACGAUCACAAAGCGAUCAAGCAAUCAAGACUUGACGUCGUCACAACGAAGAUCACCAGAAACUGUGAAAACCACUCAGGAAUUGAGGCAUUCUAGCCCUGAUCUCAUUGACAAUAAAGUUUCCUCAUCUCAACACACAGCAACAGUACACACCCAAGAGAAGCAGAAUGGGGCUGAUAAACAAAGCCUCAAGUCUCGUCUCCCUGCACUAUCAUCCAGACUGCCUUCCAGUCGUCAGCCUACCAACGGCGCAGUGAAGCGAGACUCCAGUAACCCUGCACAAACAAAGAACAUUGCUAAUGGCAUUCCAGUCCAUAAAUCAAAGAUGCCCAGCCCCAAGUCUCCCAGACGUACUAUUCCUACCAGUAAUGUAUCCAAACUCCAGAAGGGGUCACCCCUUCCUGAAAGGCGGAUACCAGGCAUGGCGAACAGCCCUGUGGCGAGACAAGCUGGAGUCCAGCUUCAAUGCAACCAGAACAAUAACCCAACAGUUGCUCCGAGAGGGCAACUUCACACCACCACCCUCACCACCACCACCACAACCAUCACUUCUACCACACUACCACAAGCCUCUUCUGGAGCUCAGGUUUCCAAGCUCCCAUCUCCUGUGAAAUCCAAUAUCAAACCUCCAAGUAGACUAGCACAGCCAAAGGUCAAAGUUCAAAGUAAGAUUCCCAAAGGGUCAGGUAUUCCAAUGAAGAGUCGAGAUGCAAACUGAAAUAGUCCAAAAAGACACCACACCAAAACAUCAAUGCUUGUAUUUGUAUGUUUCAACAGUGAAUAUUUACUUAAUUUAUUUAAAUACAUGAUGUACUUAUUGAUUAGCACAGAAAGUCAAGAGGAUUUGAUAAGCAACUCAAAUUGUGAAAUAAAAAUUGAAGAAUAUCUGGACUCUGGAGGAAUCGAUGAGCAACUCCAAUUGUGAGAUAUCAGGAAGGAGUGGCAUUGAGCUUCAGUGUGGCAGGUACUGCUUUGAGAAGAAAGAAAAUGCUGCAAGUGAUUUUCUCAACUUUGCUGAAUGUAUUGAUCCAAAUAACCCAAUAAAGGCGUAUUAAGCAAUUCAGAAUGACUUUGGGACAUCUUCUCAUCUAAAGCAAAGCCAUCACAUAGACUUCAGGAACGAGUCAUCUCAAAACAAAUCAUUUAUGUACAACUAGGAUAUAUGAAAUGACAUUUAAAAAAAUCUUAAACCAGGGUUCUACGAGCUAGCGGAUAAGAGUAUGAUAAGAGUAUGAACAAAUUAAGAAUGAUGUAAAACACUGGGCACGGCACUCAAGUCCGACUUCGGUUCUAUGCAGGCUUUAUUCCUUGUAAGCAAGUGCGUCUAGAAGUCAUCGCACAAUCUCUUUUAUUUUUAUCAUGAGUGUUUGCAAACUUUAAAUAACUCUUUACAGAGGUAAUAUUUGGAACAUGACAUGGAACCUCUACUAUACAGGAAAUAAUAGUGUUUGGUACACUUCAGAGUACCCUUUAAGAUGGGAAACUCCCAACCCCAUCAAGGUGACAGAAUUGGUAUGAAGCUAGGACACCUUAAACAGGUGCACAUUGGGAGAGGUGAUAGUGAUGACGAGAACGAUACAUUACAAGACAUGUACUUCAUAGUAUGCUGAAGGAAGGGGAGAGGUAUCAUGUGCACUCUACAUGUAGGUUAAAAUUCCUUUGAGCGAAAGGUCUUGAAAGUAAGAAGGUGAAGGGGUAAAAGAUUCAGAAUUACUCGCUGGCACAGAGAGUAAUUCUAAACACUCUACAAUCAUACUGGAUCAGAACAUCAACAAACUUGAAGGAAUUGAAAAUACUGAAUUGAGCAUAAACAUAGCAGUCAUUCCUGUUUGGGACUACAGUGAUUGUAUGAUACAAUUUUAAUAUCCAAUAAUUUUGAAUUACCCAAAAAGGGAGCUUUGGUGUUGGUUUUGUCUCUACAAAUCAUUUCAAUUUUAUUGGUAAGACUAACCUCAGUAUAGCAUUAAUCAGUAUUACCGGUAAUCAGACUACAGGCGACUAGAUGAUAAUGGAAGCUCAAGAGGAUGUAAGAUUUUGUUAUGGAUUCCACAGAAUCGAAACAGAAUUGGACAUUAAUGAAAUUUAAUCUCUUAAAAUAUAACAAGAACAGGAAUCUGAUGGAUUUAUAUGGUCACAAAAGUGAGGAAACUUACUUAAGAAAUGAUUAUAUUUCAUUAUGUUAUUAAGUACAUGUAUAUCAUGAGAUGGAUGAGGAGAAAAUAGAAAUUGGGCAAAUGCUGCAGUUUUAAAAGCUGUAAAUUAUUCAACAGAUGGCGAGAAAAGUGGUAUGUUAACACAAAAUAGUGCUAUUUAAGGCUCAUGUACAUAAGCAUAUACUGGUGUGUACAAAUUACUCUUGCAAUUGUAUUUAUAGCUGUGCAUAGCUGUGCUUGUUUGUGAAUAUCAGAAGUCUGUGAAUAUCUAAAUUGCAUAUAUAGAUUGUAGCUGUACAGCUUGUUAUUUGCAUAUCAGAUUUCUCUCUUAAUGAAUAGGAAAGAGCAGAAGUAGGAAGAGUUGCAGGAAAUUGAAGAUAAUGCUCUGAUAUUACAGUCCAAAACCCUGGCCGCUGACUUAAUCCUGAUAAUUGAUCAAGGAGUCUUUAUGUAUACAUUACACUUACUGCAAUUUUGGCUCGAUUCUUAUAAUAGUGAGUUUAUAAAUACCUUAUUCGAACAGAUGCAUGACGGCCAGUUUAAUAAACUGAACAAUACAUUCAGGCUCUGCAUGAAAGCAAAAUAUAAUGUAGCCAAUUUCAAAUCUUGAUUUACGGAUGCCCUGUCUUUGUGAAAGCUCAUUAUUCCCAUCCAAUAGCUUUUUCUAUCAUUUUGGCCUUAUUCACUCUUUGAACGAGUAUAAUUUGGAGCUGUAAUGCAAGUGGCACUUAAGCACUUCCACUUCCUACAAUAUUGUAAUAAGUGAUCAACAACUAAAAGGGUUUAUCUCUUAUCCUUUAGCUCAAAGUUAAUUUCCAUCUGGCUUUCAACGGAUGAAUUUCUGUCAAGUUACAGUAGGGUAAGAUAUUAAUUAAAGAUUGUGGUAAAAUGAAGGAGUCAUUGAUAUCUGAUCCUAAAUUGCGUUUUAGAAAAUUAAUCUAGGGAGCAAAUUACGGUAGUCCAGGACCAGGGGAUUAGUUCCAGGGGCUAGCACACCUUGGGUGUUUAUAUUAAGACUAUGAUUCAUCCACCUGAUGGAAGGAAGAACCCUGGUAGCUAGUCUAUGACCUCCAGUCCCCUCUAGAACACACCCCAGCCCCCUCCCACUAGACAAGACAUUGUCAUCUCUCAGAAAGGUUGGGGAGCGGAGACUAGCGUUAGCUCGAUUGGCAAGCCAUCGAGGGCUUCCUCGCAGAAAAUCGAGGGAGAUGAAAAGACGUCAAUGAGCUGCUGUCCACCAAUCAGCCAGCCAGACAGACAGAUGGAAUGAUUUCAUAUCUUUCUCUGUCGAGCCUGAAACUCGUUCCUUCACCAAUCAGUCAACGCUUGGACAAAGCUACCUUAAGUUGAUAUCGAGGAUGUGCCGUUCAGCCUAGACAGAUUAGCUGAUUAUUCACUCGCUUUACUCAUUUUUUCCCUUGUCAAUCUACAGGGUGGUCUCUUCACAAAUCAGAACGUGACAGAGCCCUUGACUAGUUUUUAUGGACUAUCGAUAUCCUGGACUCAUUAAAGCAUCCAUAUUUACAGAUUUGAAAUUGGCAGCUCUAAACUGUUUCAAUAAAAUUGUAGCAGUUUUCGAUGGUUAUAGAGGUCUUUAUCAUUGCAGGGAGUUCACCCUUCCACCUCUGUGACAGCUACAUUAACCUUAAUCUUUGCAAAUGACGGCAUAGUUUGAAAUGAAUACAAGUUCACCAAUUAUUUUAACAUAUUUGUGGCUUACACCCAGUAAAUAAGAUCGAUUGAUCGAUCUGCAUUGAAAAACAAGUCGGAAAAAUUCUUGGAAUCAGCGGGACUUGAACCUGCAUCUACUGCUUGUCCAAUGUCCAAUUAAACACAUGUUUGAUACAUUUUCAUUACAACUCAUGUAGUUUCAAUAGGAUUUUUUAAUUUUUACUACCCCAAAUAUAGCUUUAAUGUAAUUAUGCGUUUAAAUAGAUGUACAUGUAUUUCUAAUAUUUCUAUCAAAGGAAUUCAUAUAGGGCCGGUGGGUAGUCCUUUUAGGGUAUGACUCUUAUCUCAAGUUUAUUAUUAAGUACAACAAAUUGUCCAAUAUAAUUGUACUUGCAUUUAGAUAUCUCUAAAAAGUGUAAUGAUCCUGAUGAUAAUAAAGAUAUAAAGUUGGUUGAUAUUACAGUACAGACGUACUAUCUGUAUUACACCAUAUUCAGGGGGUGGGGGUUGCUUUGAAUAUCACUGAGAAAAAAAUAUUUCGAUCAGAUUUACUUUAGCUGGCAUUUUGUAGAAAUUGUUAUAUUUCUGGACUCUGAAAAUGUUGAAUGCAAUGUUGCAUAUAAUUAGCUGUAAAGGAAAAAAGAAUGAAUGAAAUUGACAUCAGUGAUUACAUGAUAUAUGCCAAGUAUAUUUUGGUCUAUAGAUUGACACUGAGAUUACAAUUGAUAUGAUCAAACUAUGGAUUGUGAUCAUUAUAUUAAGGAGACUGCAAAAUAUUUAGUAAUUCAUUAACAGAACUCUUAAGCUUUGUUUUGUCACUUUUUUUAAAGUGUUAGAUUUGAUGUUUUCUGUCGCUGCCUAUUAUAUAAUAUUAGUUUGCAAUACUUGCUGCAUGAUGUCAACAAAUAUCUCUAGCAUUUGUUUGGAGAAGUAUGUCUCUGACUCUAAGAGAUUAUUUUAAAGUUUCAUUAGUUGCUACUGUUUGUUUUCUAUUUCCAAGUUAAUAUAUUGGAAAUCUCUUCCGUGUUGUUUCAAAUGAGUUUUGGAUAGGACUUUACUAUUGUGUGUGCUUUGUGGCGAUGAUGUUUUGUGUCUGUACUUUUGUCACUGUUCAAAAAACAUUUAUCAGGCUACAUGUACAUUUGUAGCAUUAUGUAAUGUUAUGUUAUGCUUCUAACGCUGACACUGUCUUUGCUUGUAUUGAGUUGUUUUCUUUGUAAUUAAUACAUGUCAGUAUACUAACAUGUUCUUCUAUGUUUAUAAGCUGUUUAGUGAAUAUUUCUGUAGUUUAUUUUUUUAUGUUUGAAAAGCUCUAAAUUGUUGCAGUCUCUUUCUUUGUAAGGAUGUAUGAUAAGAAUACUAUUUACUUCUUCAUCAUGUUCAUAUAAAUAUGUAAAAAAUGAAUAAUCUUUAUCAGCUGAUAAUCCUAAAAUAAUUGAAUAUGGUAUAAUCACUUCAAUGUCCUUUCACGUGUCAGAUUGCUAUAUUGUGUGUUUGGAGCCAGAAGGGCAUUGUAUACUAUAAAGCAUAGUUUAAUUCCCUUCUUGCUCAUAAUGUACGUCAUUUGAUCAAGAGAUUCUGACUUGUAUUUGUAACCCUUUGUAUGGCCCAAAGAAUGAAUUAUUCAGAACUUUCAAAAAUAUUUAUCCUGAAUGUACAAGUAUAAUAUUCAAAUGCAAUUUCAAAGUCGAUUCAGUUUGUAUUCUUACAUCCAGUCCUAGUCUAUGUGACAGGCAGUAUUAUGCUUCAUUCAUAUUGUAUAUCUGUCCUGUUAAAAUGCUAUUAUUUGUAUAACUCUGUGUAAUGUUACUUGAUAUAUUAAGGAAGUUAUAUAUGUAUAAAGAGAAUUUUCCUGUUUUCAUUUUCUAAUUGUUUAUUUCUUGAGUUAUAUCCUGCCAAACAUCCAUUUCGAGCUUAUAUUUUUUCAUUAUACAUAUAAAUUGAGAAGAAAAAAAUCACAUUGAUGUAUAAUUUGCCCUUAAAAUAUCAUCCCUUUAGUUAUCGUGCCAAAUAUUAGAAUGAAAUUCAUGAGUGUCAUGACAUAUACUUUCAUCAAACAUUCCGCAAUGUAAACUUUAGCAUCAGAUUUCAGUAUAGAAUUAUUCUUGUCUUAAUAGAGAGAAGAUUAUGCCAGUUUGAGAAGUAAAUCACUGUUUGAUUGGCACGCAAGUCAAGGAGGUGUAAAUGUCUCAAAGAGAUUCUAGCCAUGAUAGUCUAGGUUGCAGACCUUGUUAUAAGUGUUAUGAAUGGGUCCUAGUCCUAGACUUAACAGUUUUAAUUAUACAUAUUUCUGCAAUAUAGGGUCUGCAUGCUAGACUAUCAUUGAGUUUAAUUCUUAAUGUGCAAAUUAGCUGUACAGAAAGAUGGUCAGUAAAUGUAUUUAGAUGGUGUUUUUUCUUCUUCUUCUUCUUCUUCUUUUUAAAAUAGAUUUGCAUAAUGAAUUGAGAAGCAGAAGAAGCUAAUUGCAUUUGAAUAGAAGAUUAGUUGUGCCAUAGAAGCUCUAUAGUGAAAGUCUGUCAAUUUCUCGAUCUUCGGGUAAAACAUGUACAGAUAUGACAAUGUGGUGCUGUGUAUGUGAUAUAGCACCAAGAAUGAAAAUGUGUUACCAUGAAAAUGAUGUAAGGAGUAAAACAAACAAUUGUUUUUGUAUCUUUGCAUUUUACCAAAAUAUGUAUCACAAUGUAGUAUUAUACAGAAGGAGGGAUAACAGCUUGUGGUCAUUUUCAUCAUAUUAAUGAUAUUUAUUAUUGCAUCUAAAUUGCAGUUUUGGUCAAAUAAAAAAAUAUUUAUGACUUAAAAGUUGUCACAAAAAUUGUUGAGAAAUUUCUUGCUCUGCAGCAUCAGUACAUCAUUCAUGGUAACAUAAUUUUAAAAAGCAAGUGAUAAUAUAUAAGGGCAGAUUGUAUAGUGUCAUAACAUGUAACUAAGUAUGUAGUGCUGUACACAGAUGCAAAGUAGCUUGUGCUUGAAAUUGACUACUCUGUAGUAGAUCUCUCUCUAUAUAAAUGUUAUAAUAUAAAGAGAGAUUUUAAUCCAGCUGUAUAAGAACUGAUGUAAAGAAAAGUGCAAUCAAAUUUGUUUUUUUCAAAUGUUUGCCGUUUUCUUGAGUACUUUUGUGCCAUUUUGAAAAAAUAUGUUUCUGAAUAUGUAGAAAUAUACAAAAAGAGGUGAUUUGAUAUAUAAUAUGUUAAAAAUUUAUUUUUGUGAACAUUGUGGUAUAAUUUUUGAAUUUCAUAGGUUUCUUUUUCUUUUCUUCAUAUGUAUGUGGUUUGUACUAUUAUUUGUGCACCUUAUUUCUCAAUUUGAUUGAAUGUGUAAUUUUGUAAUAUUGUAUCUAAGCAUCCUUAAAAGGAUGUAGGGAUGAAGUUUUGUCUCCUUGUGUCUCACCUGCUCCCUCUCUCUCUUUCUCUAUCUCUCUCUCUUUCCCUAUCUCUCUCUCUCUCUCUAUCUAUCUGUCUAUCUCCACUUCACUCCUCUCAUCUCCUCUCUUUCCUAAGAUACAAUGGUUACUUCAAGGCAUGUAAAAAUUCAAAUCUUCUGUACUGUAUCUCUGUACAUAUGAUCUUGUUCAAGUCACAAUGUACACAAUUGGUAAUGUGCAUAUAGUGUGUGUAGCUGUCAAAAUUAAAACAAACAGACUCCGGGAAA